UCUACUGUCUACGAUCCUUAACUAGCGUCUUUAAAAGAACUCUUCACAGCUUCCGUAUACUUCAUUCAAACUGAUAUUUCACUUCCUCAUUUGCUGCAACAUUCACAUUUCCCACUUUAUUCCUCAUCUGUCGUAAACUAAGUUUCUACUUUCUUCCCAUAACAAUUUUCUUCAUUUUUGCAUCAAUGUCAAACCCUAAACCUUCCGAGAAACCCUUAAAUCUCUUCGAACCCAUCCUUACAGAUACCGGUUUCACAUUUUUACAACGAAACACAUCAGUGGCGCAACCGAGCGAAAGACGAGGCCGGAAAAAGCAGGCGGAACCUGGGAGGUUUCUUGGCGUAAGACGACGGCCAUGGGGCCGAUAUGCAGCCGAAAUAAGAGACCCUACCACCAAGGAAAGACAUUGGUUGGGAACCUUUGACACUGCUCAAGAAGCUGCACUUGCCUAUGAUAGGGCUGCGCUCUCCAUGAAGGGCACUCAAGCAAGAACUAAUUUCGUGUACUCUGAUCAAACAACAACUUUUCAUUCUCUUUUAACCCCUAAUUAUGAUCUUCAAAUUCAAGCCUUUUCGCAGCCACCACCACAGUUUUCUACUGCCACGGAACCUAAGCGGUCCAGUUCUUGUAGUCUGCAGCCUGACAUUAUGCCAAGAAAAGAUCAGAAAUCAACUGUCCAAUCAGAGAACGACACAUGUUGUCAUGAUCAAUCUUCUUAUGGUUCAUCACCUAAUGAUGAUCAUAAUUUGUUUCUUUCUACUACUGACACAAAUUCUGGCUACUUGGAUUGCAUUGUUCCUAACAACUGCCUGAAGCCAUAUUCUGCAACUGAUAAAAUCAAUGGGGACACUUCAAAUGAUCAUAAAUUUUGCUCAAAUUUGAGUUUCUCUGAAAAUCACGUGACAUUUUAUGAAAAUAAUCCACUUUUUCUUGAUUCUACAAGUGUUGCAACUGUGGGAUGGAAUCCUGAAAACCCUGGAAAUCAUUAUUACUCCGAUGACUUUGUGGACAGGUUCUGGCCAGAUGGUGAUCGAGAGUCAAGGGAUUUAAGUUCUUGUGAACUCUCCGACAUGAUGAACUACCCUUUAGUGGUGGAAAAUGGAUGCAUGGGAGAGUUGAAUCCAAUUAUAAGUGAAAAUCCAAGUUUUGAGAUGUUGGUGGCUCCAGCCUGCAGUAGUACUUCAGCAGCAGCAUGUUGUUCAUCUUUAUAUCCUUGUUUUGAUGAUGCAGUUGACUUGGGCUUUUCUCUCUUUUGAACGCUGUUCUGAAGGUAGUAACACGAGAAUGUUUUGUAUACCAGUACUGGACAAUACUGUACUGUACAAUGGAAAAAAGUUUAUUUUAUUUUCCUUUGUUAGUUGUGACGUCCCAAACAUAUCAUGCAAGAAACCACACAGCCUCUAUCUCUCGUAUUUUUCUUUUCUUUUUUGAGGAAUGGCUACUAAACUUGGGCUUCAAAAGAUUAUAAGAGAGGUU